AUGGCGAGGCCUCGGACGGCGUUCGGCAUCCUCGUCCUCGGGCUCGUCACCGCGCUGCUCGACGCCAGCGGCAAUUGGGAUCGAGACGACGAUUCGGUGACGACGAUCGACGUGAGUGCAGUCCUUGGGCGCACUGCAUCCUUGCCUUGUGACAUUGAGCCGUCCACACGAGACGAUCGGGUUUACAUGGUACUUUGGUUUCGUGAAACUUCAGUAAAGUCAAUCUACAGCUUUGAUGUACGAGGAAGAGCUUAUAAUAAGGCACUAAAUUGGUCGGAUAAUAAUGCGAUUGGGCCACGCGCUUACUUUACAACGCUGACGAAGCCUGCCGUCCUCGCUCUCGAUGCUGUACAACUGAAUGACGAGGGUAUUUAUCGUUGUCGUGUUGACUUCAAGAACUCACCCACGCGCAAUUUUCAAGUCAAUCUCACCGUCAUUGUUCCACCUCAUCAAUUGCUUAUCUAUAAUAGUUCUGGAGCACAAGUGAAAGCAGUCAUUGGGCCAUAUGAAGUUGGCAUGCAGUUCAGUCUUAUAUGUGAAGUACGAGGAGGGAAACCGAUACCGGUAGUAUCUUGGUACAUGAAUGAAAAAGAGGUGGCGGGACGCAUCGACGAGACCAGUAACACGAUUGUGGUCAACAGACUCAUCGUUCCACAACUGAAAAGGGAGCACCUCAAUACCACAUACAAAUGUAGGGCAUCCAAUACAAAUCUGAUGUCUCCUCUAGAAAAAACUGUACUUUUAGAUGUCCACCUAAAACCCAUGUCCGUAAAAAUACUGACAAAGCCGCCAAUCAUGGAAGCCGAGAAGGACUAUUCGAUCGCAUGCGAGACGAAGGGCUCGCAUCCGAAGGCGAAAAUCACGUGGCUUAAGGCAAAUACACCGUUCAUGAGUGCCCGGGUAAUGGAGGAUGGGGAUGACUCGACACUAGUUCUGAGUACACUAAUGUUUUCGCCACUGCCGGAAGAUCACGGAGAGAUCCUCAAGUGCCGCGGAGAGAAUCCAGCCCUUUCAGGCGCCUUCCUCGAGGACUCCUUCCACAUGAACGUCGUCUUCCCUCCAAAGGUACAGUUGGAAUUGGGCAGCACCCUAAAAGCUGAAAACAUCAAAGAAGGUGAUGACGUCUAUUUCGAAUGCAAGGUACGCGCCAAUCCGGAACAUCACAAGAUCACUUGGCGGCACAAUGGUGGCGUUCUGAUGCAGAAUUAUUCGGCUCGAAUAAUAACAAGCACGCAGAGUUUAGUGCUGCAGCGUAUAGAGCGCGAGAAUGCAGGGAAUUACACAUGUCUGGUCAGCAACGAUAGAGGCGAGACCACUAGCCCAACCGUUGCUCUUCGAGUUCAGUUUGCACCCAUAUGUAAGAGGAAGGAGGUAACAAUAAUCGGUGCUUCGUUGGAAGAGUCGGUGCGCGUUCGCUGUGAGGUUGAGGCCGAUCCUGCAGAAGUCGACUUUGUCUGGGAAUUCAACAACAGCGGGGAGAACUUUGAUGUAGCGUUGGCUAAGUUUGAUGGAAAUAACGGUACUCUCAGCGACCUUGUAUACACACCUAAAUCCGAACGAGACUACGGGGCUCUAACUUGCUGGGGUAGGAACCCAAUAGGAAAGCAAGCAGCACCAUGCGUCUACCAAAUAAUACCAGCGAUCAAACCCAGUCCUCUCAGCAACUGUACUACCAAAUCCUCGCUCAAUCAGACCACCGAGAUGCUCGAGAUCGAGUGCAUGCCCGGCUACGACGGCGGGCUCAGACAAGAAUUUCGAUUGGAAGCAUAUGAGGUGACGACUGGCAAACUGAGACUGAAUAUAACAAGCGUGACCAGCGAGAUGGCAGUAUUUCGGAUACCGGUUGGUGAGCUUCUACCUGCAACCCUCUUCUACUUGGCAGUAUAUGCAAUAAAUGCCAAGGGUCGAAGUGAAGUAUCAGUUCUUGAAGAUAUUAUUCUUGGUGAUUCGGAUAAACAUACAGAGAGUUCGGUGAGUAUGGUUCCUUUAAUUCUACUGCUGGUGGGUUGCCUCAUGGCCCUCGGCAUCACGAUUGUUUCGGUGAUGUUGAUGAUGUAUCGUCGACGCGGCACGACAUCUCCUGUACACAUCGAACCAUACAUGAAACAGCCGAUCAUAACGCCUCCAGACUCACGCAAUAACUCCAUGCUUGAUGUCACUCAUGGCGAGCACACCUAUUUUGUCGAGUAUACCCUGAAACAGGUCGCAGACUACACCCUUAAUAAUCAGCCUGACAUCAUCCAGUCACCCCAAGACCAAGAAAAAAUUAAACGUGAACCACAGCUUUUCUUACCUGUUAGGCCAGAUACACUCUUUGCUCCAUAUGAUAUUCAUAAACAAGGACUUCAAACGAAUCGAUGCAGUUUGAAUCCAUUUUCUGCAAAAUCAUGGGAGCCAAUAAGUUUCAAAACCGACCGUAAUCUUAUGAAAGAAAUCAUCAUCGCAAAUUCCAUACCCGGUCCAGAGAGUUGCGUGUAAAAGACGAAACACAAUUAAAGGGCGAAACUAACAACGAGAAGGAAAAUAAGGCCUACAAAAUAUUCCAUGCAAUUCGUUAAGGACUCAAAAUAAACAUAUCAAAACAACUACGAGUAAGCAUAUAAAGCAAAUGCAGCAUAUGUAAUCAUCAACGAUAUAAGUUUCUUUGUAUCGGAAACAAAUAAUUAGCGAAUAUAAAUAAAAGAUAAACUAAAGAUAAAUUGAAUGGUGCGGAUCCUCUUCUUAAAAAGAAGAAUGGACUUAUACAUAUAUAUAAUUACAGACGUGCAUACAUAAAAUUCACUUGAGGAGAGGAGAACGACUGUUAUAAUGCGCAAAUAAAAAUAUGAUCACGAAAAAAAUAAAAAAUAAAACGCGAAUGUGAGAAGAUUUUUUGAAAAAAACUGUCACAACGCCGCUCAAUUGGCACGCAUGAUAUUUAUUAUAAAAGGACAAAAUAAAAAGAAAAGUGAAUAAAAAGGUAAGAACGCGACGAGGACGGUCGCGCACUAACUACGUAUCUUUGACAAGUAAAUGAUGUAUGCGGUGUAUUAUUCGGAGUUUAAUAUAUUUUGUGUCAAGUCUUGAAAAAUAUUUUGUUUUUUUUAUUGUC